AUGGUUGACAUCAAACUCAUUGUGAUACUCCUUGCUAUUUCACCUCUCGAUGUUUGUCAAAGUGUUUGCAAAAAUCUGACGAGAAUGGACGGAAAAGACUUGCCUGGUAACAAGCAAACUAUUCGAUGUAUUUCGUUCAAAUACAAUGUGCAUGGCCACAUACACCAUACGAAAGAUGGUUUCAAUUUUUGCGAUAGUUAUGGGAAGAGAAUGAUUGGAACUAUUGAAAAGUCGAAAUGGACUGCGGCCGAUAAGUGUAUAUUAGAGGACGAACAAGCCAUUUGCAAGUGUUCAGUUUGCGAUACAGAAGAAAUCAUUAGAAAUAUGCCAACGAAAGACAUUUUUAAUGAUAUGAGUGCAAAAAUUUCUGCAUGUGGUAACAAUUCGGACUCAAAUUGGCAGGAUCCAAUGAAACACUCUGCCAGAAAUGUAACCACCGCCGGAGGUGUAAAAACUACUACGCUACCAACUACAACGCUGGAUUACGAGACUACAUUAAAACCGGAACAAAAGCUUGACGAUGAAUCAAUAAAACGCCAUACACUUCUUAUAGAGAGUUUUCGUCCGCCUUACAUCAAUUCGAUAAUGUUUAGUGAGGAAGAUGAACACGAGGAGAGAAUACUUCAUUCACUCACCCCUAGCAUUUUAUAUGGAUCAAGGGAACAAGAACGAAUAUAUGAAUCGUCCACGAUAGUGCUAAUGAUAGUGAACCUUGCAGCUAUUCUCGGUAUAACCAUGAUAUUUAGAGCAGUUUUGAAUGCAACACUAUAUGUUUUAUUCCCAGACCAUGCAUUAUUUUAA